ACAAGUAUAUAAUUUCCCGUUGCAACAACCGUUGAUAUCAAACCCGAAUCCAAAAACGAAUUCAUGGAUUCUGUCUGGAACAUCCAUUCAAAUCCGUGCUGAUCGGUAACUGCAAAUUCACCCCCAAACCACCAUAAAUCCCUUUCUUUCUCAUCCGCAUAAAUCCAAAACCAAAUUCUCCUUCAGGUGAUUCACGUAGCGUUGUUAGUUGUACUACUUACACAACACUCUCAAUUCAACACACAAUGGCCGAUGCUCAUGAAACCGACAAGAACAUCGAAAUAUGGAAAAUCAAGAAACUUAUCAAGGCACUGGAAGCUGCUCGUGGUAACGGUACCAGCAUGAUCUCUCUUAUUAUGCCUCCACGCGAUCAAGUAUCCAGGGUUACAAAAAUGCUCGGAGAUGAAUUCGGAACCGCUUCAAACAUCAAAAGCAGAGUGAACCGUCAAUCCGUUUUGGGUGCAAUCACAUCUGCUCAACAAAGACUCAAGCUCUACAAUAAGGUUCCUCCAAACGGGCUCGUGCUCUACACCGGAACCAUUGUGACCGAAGAAGGAAAGGAAAAAAAGGUCACCAUUGAUUUUGAGCCUUUUCGGCCCAUUAACGCGUCAUUAUAUCUUUGUGAUAACAAAUUCCAUACCGAAGCGUUGAACGAACUGCUAGAGUCCGAUGACAAAUUCGGUUUUAUAAUCAUGGAUGGUAACGGGACUCUGUUUGGAACGUUGAGUGGUAAUACGCGAGAAGUACUUCACAAGUUCAGUGUUGAUCUCCCGAAGAAGCAUGGAAGAGGAGGUCAAUCCGCUUUACGAUUUGCGCGUUUACGUAUGGAGAAGCGACAUAACUAUGUGAGGAAGACUGCUGAGCUGGCGACACAGUUCUACAUCAAUCCGUCAACUAGUCAGCCGAAUGUUUCAGGACUCAUACUCGCUGGCUCCGCUGACUUCAAAACCGAGCUUAGUCAAUCCGAUAUGUUUGACCCGCGUCUGCAGGCAAAAAUCUUGAAUGUGGUUGAUGUUUCGUACGGAGGUGAAAACGGGUUUAAUCAAGCCAUAGAGUUGUCUUCUGAAAUUCUUGCGAAUGUUAAGUUUAUACAAGAAAAACGCUUGAUCGGUAAGUACUUUGAGGAAAUCAGUCAAGAUACCGGGAAAUAUGUUUUCGGUGUGGAUGAUACGUUGAAGGGUCUUGAUAUGGGUGCGGUUGAUAUACUCAUCGUUUGGGAAAAUCUCGAUAUUAACAGGUUUACGCUUAAGAAUGUUACGACAGGUGAAGUGACUAUAAAACAUUUGAACAAGGAGCAAGAGGGUGAUCAGAAAAACUUUCGGGAUCCGACUACAAACGCUGAAUUAGAAGUUCAGGAAAAGAUGUCGUUGCUUGAGUGGUUUGCUAAUGAAUACCGAAAGUUCGGUUGCACGCUUGAGUUUGUUACGAAUAAAUCGCAAGAGGGAUCUCAGUUUUGCAGGGGUUUUGGUGGAAUAGGGGGGAUUCUUCGUUACCAGCUGGAUAUUCGGUCUUUUGAUGAGCUUUCUGAUGAUGAGUUGUAUGGAGAUUCCGAAUAGCAAUCAGUAAUCCUCUACAUGCUGGUGCAGGAUAGAAUCCUGCAUCAGGCCCGAGUUCUCGUGGAUGCUGGUGGAGGUUUUGUAUUACUCUCACUUUGUGGAUUUCGUGUUGAGGCGUUGGAGAAAAGUUAUCUAAAGCGACGACGUGUUGAUCUUGUUCGUCUCUAUGGAACUGCAAAGCCAUGCUAGAUUCGUUUUAGCUCCAUUUCAAACCGUUCUUGCAAAAUAAAGCCUUAGGGUGUAUCUCCAGACCAACUUUUCAUGGCUGUCUGAAAGAAGGUUAAUAAUGUUAAAGCAGACGUAUGAAAUUUAGUUUAUUUUGUUUUCCAAUAAUAAAUUUUCUGCUGCGUGGGUGUAUCGUGUAGACUAUCAAAACAUGAAUCGACUCAUGUACUUGGUAAGUGGAUUUUAGUGAUACCUUUCGUUGCCCAUUUAAGUGUUGUGAUUGAGUUGGCUAUAUGUCUUUUUGGUU